AUGGAGAACGACAAGGGUGAGAUCGUCGACCUGUACGUCCCGCGCAAGUGCUCUGCGACGGGCCGCAUCAUCAAGGCCAAGGACCACAGCUCGGUGCAGAUUUCGAUUGCCAAGGUUGACGAGAACGGCCGCGCCAUUGCCGGCGAGAACCAGGUCUACGCUCUGUGCGGCUUCAUCCGCGCCCAGGGCGAGGCCGACGACUCCUUCAACCGCCUUGCCCAGCGCGACGGCUUCCUGAAGAACGUCUGGAACCCCGUCCGGUAA